CAGGUGAGUGACUAAACUUUCCGGGUCACGUGAGCGGGCGGAGCUGGAGGAGUGCGAGUUACCGACGGACGCACCGAGGGUUCGAGCCAGGUACCCGGACAGGGAACCUGAGCAAGGUCGAGGACGCCCGGGCCAGGUGGGGAGGUGCCGGGUCGCAGGUACCCCCCGCCUGAGAUGCGGUAGAAGCAGCGCGCGCGAGAAGCCGGGUCCCCGGUGCCACCAGCCUGUCGCCCGGCCCAUGGCGAGCCCCGGCUUGGGGCUCCUUCUGGCGCUCGGCCUGCCGCUGCUGCCCGCCCGCUGGGGCCCGGCCCGGGGGCAAACGCUGGAUCCCUCUCUAAAUGAGAACGGCACCGUUACACCUGCGGAGCCGGGCUCUGGCUCCGAUGGGGCCCUGUCUCAGGGGGCCAUCACUGCCAUCAUUGUGGUCUUCUCCCUCCUGGCUGCCCUGCUUCUGGCCGUGGGGCUCGUGUUGCUGGUGCGAAAACUGCGUGAAAAGCGGCAGACAGAGGGCACCUACCGGCCCAGCAGCGAGGAGCAGUUCAACCAUGCAGCCGAAGCCCGGGCUCCCCAGGACUCCAAGGAGACAGUGCGGGGCUGCCUGCCCAUCUAGGUCUCCUUUCUAUCCGUCUUCCUUGCUGUGUGACCUUGGGGGAAGGCAGAGCCCUCUCUGGGUAAUCAGACCUACCCAGUGCUUAAGAAUAGCAGGGAAGAAGGUGCUUUAAAGACUCUGUCCCUGAGGGCAAGGGAGAGUGUAUUGCUCACGUUUUAUAUACAUACACACAUAUAUACAUUUGGUAGUGAGAUAUAGUAAAAGCUUUUUCUCUUUGAGCUGAUGGGGGCAGGAGGUAGUCUAGAUAGAGGGAACAAACUCAGGGCUCAUAGGCUGUUGAGAGAUGAAUCAUAAGGUUGCAAGGAUCCUAGGACUAGGAGGGCUUCCUGGAAGGGAGGGGCUUUCAGCUAUGCGUCAGAACCAGUUGGAGGCUGCUCCAGGAGGAAGGAAGUGGAUGGGGUACCUUUCUGAGCAGAGAAAAAGCCCCCAGAUAAACUCACCAGGAAAACCAGCUUUGGGUUCUUGUGGCUUUAUUGAAGGACUGGGGUCUCUGCCAGGUCCCUGAUUCUUAACCUUCAAAACACUUUUUAAGCUCAGCGACUCUGGGCCGGCUCCAAGCCUGGGGAUCCUGCCAGCUGUUGGCAGGUGCAGCAGGGGGUCUGAGGGCUCCUGGCGCCUCUGGGAGCUGGCAGUGAGUGUGCUCUGCCUGUGGGACCUCAGAGGGCUGGGAUCUGGGGUUCUCUGGGGAACCAGGAUCUGAGGAAGAAUCAAGGGGUUGGGAUGUCCAGGUAAUAUCCGAGUUGGGCAUUGUGGGGACCAGAAGUUGGGAACCUUCCUGAGGGCUGGAUUGGGUGGGUGCUGUGGAGAGCUGGGCACAGGGGCUCUCCUGGGCCCUGGGAUAUUUGGUUGCCUUGGGGGAAGGAGAGAGAUGUAGGAUUAGAAGAUGGGGCUCAGGGUCUCCUGGGCUGCUUGGAUCCACAGAAGCCGAUGAGGACUGGGAUGAAAAGAUGAUUUCUUGGCUGGCCUCCAAGGGUGGCUGGGAAGUAGGGUCCUUUGAAGAGGUCGUGGCAUCCAAAGGCUGGAGGGUUUGCAGAGAUGGCAGGUCAGCAGGUAGGGACAGGGGCUGAGGCUCUGGUGGUUUUUCCUCAUCUGGUUGCCAUCUUGAUGUUCCCGGGAUGUCAGGCUGGAUAGGGGUGGGGAGAUGGGCAAGUUGCUGGCCUUCAGAAGCUGGAGGGGCUGGGAAGAAAGAUGGACUAGACGGGGAGGACUGGGGGGCUCUCACCAAGCUGAAGCAGCUGUCUGGGUCCCUUCUGUGGCAGCAGUCCAAGCUCUGGCUGGGCCGCAGGCCCCCCGUCCUGCUGGCUCCCAUGCUUAGGCUGUCCAGAAUCUCACUCAGCAAAUCCAGCUCUUCUCCAGACCCCAGGAAACUGCUGUCCAGAGCUUCCUCUGCCCAUGGGUCCUGGACAUCCUCAGGGCUCAGAGCAGGUGCCCUGGGUAGGGAUGGGCAGCCUCAGAUGUCUGCCCAAGACCCCAGUCCUGACGGGACUCCUCUGAAGCUUCUUGAGUUUAGGCACCAUCCUCCCCUGGUGGAUGGGUCCUAGCCUCCCACUUCCAACUUUGCCCCCUUCCCACUCCCAGCCUUUGAGCCUUACCUCUCCUCCAGGGACUCAGAAGGGCUCUCCAGCCCCCUUCUCCUGCUAGGGCGCAGGGGCCGGUUCUGCAAAGGACAGAUUUGGAGGGCGGGGCCUCAGGAACUACAGAAUCAGGUUUCUGGAGGAGGGUGAGUGUUAAGUGGGUUCCGGGUUUUGGGGUAGGCGAGUGAGAAGUCUGGGUGGAGACAGAAUGAGAGGAGGACCAGGUGGUGAUUCCAGGUGUGAGCCUUUGCGGUGAGGGGUGGCGUGGGGGGGGGGGCACAGGUACCUUUCCAAAGUGCUGGGUGAUAGGCAGGCGCUGCUGCAGACGGUCUGAGCGGCUGGUGAGGGACAGGGCUCUCAGGGAACCCCCCCUUUGCAGGCCAGAGUCCCCAUCCUAGGAAGAGGGUGGGUGAGCCAGGAGCCCCUUCUUCCACUGCCCCAGCCAUUGGCUACUGGCCUUACCUUGUACAUCAGAAGGCUCUGCAUACCCUUCCAGCCGCUCUUGGCCUGCGGAGGAGCCAAAAGAGAAUUAACCUCCUCGGUGAUUUGACCCCGAGCAUUUUGAGAACUCAGCUUUCCAUCCCGUAGGACAACUGCCUUGUCCUCUGUUCACAUUUGUGCCUCACAGACAGUCACAAUUCUCCACGCACCAUCCGAAUUGACUAAGAAGUCAACCCAAGUGUUCCCAGGGGACAUAACCGCUGAAUGAAAGGGGAGUGGCAAAAAUGGAACAUUGUAAUAAUGUACCAGCAUUCAAAAACCAGACAAGUGAAUAAAACCUAAGGGACAAUUUGGAGCUGCAGACACUGGCCACAGGACGCUUCGGGGCUUGGGAGACAAGGAAACCGAAGGGCAGAGACUGGGACUGUAGCAUCUGGGAUAAAGAUGUUCACCAAUGAAGCUGGGUUGUCAAUUUCAAAUAGGGAAGAAACGAUCCUGACAAAAGUAGGCAAAUGGAGAAUAAAAGCAGGAAAACUUGUUAAUGGCUUAA